AUGAAUAAAAUAACUUCGUCAGAUCAAUCAUAGCAUGUCCAUUAUGUAGAAUAUCCUAUGAGAUGGAUACAAUUAGGACUCUUUUUGUGUGCACUGCUCUCUAAUAUCAUGUUCGGAUUUUCAUUAUCUCCAAUAGUAAAGGAGAUGUCAAUCAUCUAUGAUGUGGAUAGCAGGUGAUUAUUUGAAACUAAAAUAGAUAUUUGUAAUUUUUAACGAUAAGCUUCACAGUGUUUUCAGUAAUAAUGAUCAUACCUGGAAAUAUAAUUAAUGAGAAAUAUGGAAUCAAAAUUAGUAUAAUGAUAGGUAUGACAAUUAACUAAUUAGGAUGUAUUUUAACUUUUGUUGGGUCAGUGAGUGCAAUGCUGAUAAAUGUUUCAUUUUGGUUUUUCUUUUUGGGCUAACUAUGUUCUUUGAUAGGAUUUCCAUUUAGAUUAAUUAGUGCUUCUAAAUUUGUUGCAAAUUGGUUCUAUCCCGAGAAAAGAAUCUUGAUUAUGGUAAUCAUUGCUUUGUGUUUCAACGCAAGUUCUGGGAUUGCCAUUAAAAUCCCUUUGAUUAUUUUGGGAGAUUACGAGAUUAAAGAUUUGCAUACCUAAGCUGAAAUUGAUGAAGGUAGAAGAUUGAUGUAGAAUUUGAUGAUCUUUCUAUUUGGUUUAAUGAUCUUGUUAUGUAUUCCACCAAUCUUCUUUUUCAAAGGCAAAGCUCCAACACCACCUAGUUUUACAGCUUCGGAUGUAAAUUAUAAUGUUUUAUUUAAAGCAAUGUGUAAGAGUUGACUAUCGAAAAGCUGGAAUAAUUGUAGCCAAGAAUUUUGAUUUUAUGUAUUUAACUAUAGGCUUUGCAUUUAUAUUAGGAACUAUUACAUUAUUUACAUUAUAAAUGGAAUACCUAAUUAAGCCUUUUGAUUAUACCUUGAUGGAUCAAAGCAAUUUAGUGUUGGCAGGUGUAAUUGCUGGUCUAAUUGGAGAUAUUUGUGUAGGUACAGCAAUAAAAAAACUGAGAUCUUUCAAAUUAGUAUUAAGAAUUUGUAAUGCUUUAGUAACAGUGCUAUUUGCUAUUUUGAUUAUAGCAAUACAUGUGAAUAAAACAUUUUUCUUUAUUAUGUACUUCCUAGUUUGUGGCUGUUCAGCUAUUAUGGCAUUAACUUUUGAGUUUUCUUGUGAGUUAUGUUUUCCAAUGAGUGAAAAUACAACCAUAGCUAUGUUGGGAUUAUUUGGUAACCUAAUCAAUUUUUUUUAAGGAUUGCCAGAGAUCUUAAUAUUAAAGGUAAAUAUCAAAUUAAAGAUUCAAGGGUGACAACAAAUUCUGUUCCACUAUAACUAUGGUUUUAAUGCUUUGUUUAAUUGCUGGAGCUAAUUAUUUCACAAAGAAUGUGGAUGAAAAUUUGAAGAGACAAAAAAGAGAUUUUCAAGAAGAUGAUGAGGCAGAAUAAAGAGAAAAUGCAAUUAGUAUGUUAGAACAGUCUAUUUUAAAUUGA